CGAAGUGUUUUAUGGCCCACUUUGCCACAAAAUAGAACGUCUUUACUCAUACUACAUGUUUAGCGAAAAUGUCAACAUCUCCUGCACAGAAGUCAAUGGAAAAACUUGUAGAGAUUGUUAAAGAUGUAGAAAAGAAUUAUAAAAGUCUAAAUGAAGAAUGGUCAGAGUUUAAACAGAAUGAAAAUAAACAGAGAAAGACGCCAGUUAACAUACCUUACACAGUUUAUGAAAAAGACAAAGAUUUUAUUUUAAUUCAUAAAAACGAUUUGGCGCGAUUGGCUACAGAAAUAGCCCAGUUAAAAGAGAACCUACCCAAGGUACUGAAUAGAAAGUUUAUAACAUCUAUUGGGCGAUUUGAUUCCAUAGAAGAAGAAGUAGAAAGUGUGAGGAAAGGCCAGAAACUGCUGGAAUUAGAAAGUCAUCAUUGGAAAGCCAGAUGUGAAACAGCUGUAUCAGAAUGUCAGAUUGAAAAACAGGAAACCCUACAGUUGCGAUGUGAUCUACAGAAUUUAAGUCAACAACUAAGUCAACAGUCGGAUUAUUGUUCCAGUUUAGGAGCAGCAUGUUGUACGUUAUUGUGGAGAGUGUCCAGAAAAGAGGAAGGCAUUGAAGCUAUUUUGGGUGGGAGUAAAGUUGAUGAGUUUUUUUGUAUUGUAUCGAGUACAUUAGAUGGGUAUUUGGCAGCGUAUAAAGAUGACUGGCCCAUUGAACCUUCAGAUGAAACCAACUUUAUACUUGCUCUUUGUGGCACAGUUACAAAUGUAGCCGCCUCAGCGUAUGGCAGAAAUUUCCUGAUUACAAAUCAACAUGGCCGACAACUAAUUGAUACAUUUACUGUCUUUCUAGCAGAAGCUCCCGUUAAAAAGAGUGCGGUCUUGAAAAAUUUGAUAUUAAUGUGCGUGUAUAACAUCAGUAUAAACCAGAAAGGCUUGAAAUAUCUAUGUAGUAAACCAGAUAUCAUGUCUCUCUUAGCCUGGCAUCUUCAAGAAGAAACAGACAGUGAGAAUCGUCUGAAUACACUCAGGAUUAUCCAGUCUCUCAUAUCUGAUGAAGAUAAUAUAAAUAUAGUUCAUCAACUACGUGAGCUGUUACCUGCUACCUACUUGCAGCAAUUAGCAGUGGACCGAGACAAGAACAUCCAGGAUAUAGCAUUAGAAAUAGUCAUGGAUCUUCGAAAUAUUUCCAAUGAAUCAUGA